GGUUUACUGACUGAGGUCUCUGGACAGUCCACCUUUACCACAAGUCAUUUCAAACCGCAACAGUAACUAUCUAGUGUCCUUUUUUUCUGCAGAAAUUUGGAUAUUAUCAUUAUUUCAUCUAUAUUCUGAAUAUUCACACUCUUAUUUUUUGGACCCCUCCGCGAUUGUUAUUCAAGACAAACGCUGAGGAUGGCUGAUCAGCUGCAGGAUGUCAUCCAGAGAUGGCGAAAAGCCGUGGUGGAAGAUGGUUUAAGGCCAGAGGACCAUGAACUGUUCCAGAAUGCUGGAUUGGCGUAUAUUAAUCAGGGUGACACGACACAACUGCUAGACUUCAUUCAGGAUGAGAAGAACCAGGGAAUAGUGGAGUCUAUGGGCUGUGGCCUCCUUGCGUCCCUGGUGGCCGAGGUACUGAAGAGGAAGAAGAGUUCCUCUACCUGUAAGGCCGUUAUCACACACCUGGCCGAGACAUGCAGCCCGAUGGAACUCAUGCUGAUUUUUCUCGGCCAAGUGGAUGACCUUCAUCCGGACCUCAUCGCUGAUACCAUCGUACUUAUGGCCCCGCAUCUUCAAACAGUGCUGCUGCGUCUGGGUGAGGAGAAGGCUCCCUGGGUAGGCCUUGCUCUGGCUGCCCUACAGAAGCAGGUGUCCAGGCUGCCAGUGCCUUACACCAAGGAGCAAGAAGUGGAGGAUGCGUAUGGUCUGUGUCGUUGCUGUUCAGCCCUGGCCAGGUUCAUGGAGCCAUUCGUGGAGGAAGUGAAGAGGAGGGACAACAGCGAGGAUGGUGGCACUGCUUCAGACAAUCAGCUAAAGACUGAGCUUCUCAAGUUUUGCAUGGGGAGCUUGAGGGAGCCACUCCUUCAGGCACAGCUUGACCAGGCUAUAGACAUCCAUAAACAGUCUCCCCUAUGGCACUUUGCUACAGACAUACUGGCCACCCUACCAGCCAUCCAGGAGCCUCUCCCAGGCCUCCUGUUCUACAAGGCUCUGAAGAAGAGGGAGGAGUCUGGCCUCCUGACAGACAGUACUAAAGCCCAGGAGUCACGGGCCUGUCUGGCAUACCUGCUCUUUGUCCAGCUCAUCACCAUCGAGAGCUUUCCAGCAGUUUUCAGCCCUGUGUUUGUCCUGCAGUGUAAUAUGGAAUAUAUUGACCUCCUACUGAGUAGAAAGGAAGAAUCAUUCCUACUCAAAGGCCUGGAAUUAUAUACAAAAAGCUUGGAGAGAGUGGAGGAUAACAGUCUCCCAGUUGAACUGCUGGACCUAAAGUCAUUUUACAGUGUUCCACAGCACUUGGUGCAGAUCCUGACUGUGUGUCCAAUUCAGCAUUUGAGAGAACAAGGGUUUAAAGUGUUACAGCUCUUCAUAGAUAAAUUGGGACCUGAGGCUAAGCACAAAUUCUUCAGGUGUAUGAUAAAAACCAGUUGCCAUGCCGGAGUAGAGGGUUACAUUAUAAAGAACAUCAAAAAUCAGAUUGAGCUCUCCUUGAAGCCAGGUCAUGAGAAUGAAUGGUUUAUGGGAAUCCAGGUUUUGCCCCUACUGAGACUGGUUCUCUGUUUCCCACGGGGCCCAGAAACAGACCUGCUGAACAGUAUGGACAGGGUAAUGGAGUCUCUCAAUCUGUUACGAUACCUGCAUAUGCGGGACAUGGACUGGCAGCAGACAUCAAGUAUAUGGCCGGAGCUGUUCAAGAUCAAAGAGGACUACCUGAAGAUGCUGAGGGUGUGUCUGGCCCUCUCUAGAGCCUACUAUGCAGGGCAGGUUAAGAACAUGAGAGAGGACAAGAAGAUUCAAGCACAGGAAGCCAGAGAGGCUAGAGUUGCAUUAGUUCAGACUAUGACUGUGAAGAACAAGAUGGUAUCAGAUAUGACCCCAGAGAUGCAGUAUCAGGUACUGCAGUGUGCUCUGGUGACCUUUGACCUGAUGGAGAGUCUAGUGAUCCGUAUUGAGGAGAUAUCAGAGGAGAAAGUGAAAACGGGGACUGCUGUCUAACAACAGAGAUGGCUCAGAGUCUUAUGCUUUUAAAAAUGAUUGUUUCAGGCUAAUAAUAAAUAAUAAAUACACAAUCUACAAAAAAAUAUUUAUUUAUUUAAGCCUCAUU